AAAUCUCUGUCAAUGGCGGAUGUUGUUCGACAUCAUAUCGUGUGUGACGUUACAAUUUUCAAACAUUUUACCAAACAAUUUAAAUAAACUAAUAAAACAAUUUUAUAUAAAAACAAACAAAACGAUCUUAUGUUAAAUUGAAUUGUAAUAUAAUAAAAUAAUAACUACCGGAUGUAAAUAAAUAAAAAUAAUAAAUCCAUUGUGACGCCGUUAAAGUGGGAUCUAGUGGGGGGUUAAACUCGUCGGGGGGGAAAUAAAAAAACGGACCAAUCGGUAGCUGCGUAUAAAGACGGCCCAUACGAGACCGAGUGACAAAAAUCCAACGGACAACACAGUCUUGUUAAUGAUAAAAAAAAGGAAAAAAAAAAAAGAAACAAGACUUUUGCAAGUAGACUAGUCUGCCGUGUAGUGUUGUGUGAUUUUUUUUUAUCAAAAAUUUUCAACGGGGCUCAACUUAUUCAAUUUCUCAAACAUCAUUAUUAUUUUUAUUAUUAAUUAAUUAAUUAAUUUAAGUAGUGUAGUAAAAUUAUAAUUAUGAUAUUUUAUACUAGUGCUUCGCAAUGACGUUAUAGUGUGAUAAUUAUUAAAGUAAUUAUCGAUCCCGAUGUUGGUCGUAGGAUUGUGCAAAUGUAGUUUUCAUGGUUAUAAAGUGGAUAGAAACUGGGGAAGAAACUGGUUGUGGUUACCGAAGAAAGCUUCAAAUACGUUUGAAGCUUUCGAGGUCGGAUUCAUGGAACUAUGAACCUGGACUCGUUAUCUUUUACUUUAACACAAAUAAAUUAUCUAAUUGUAAAUUUAAAUAAGAAAAAUUAUCGUGAUAGCACUGAAGAAAUAUCACUUUUAGUUCGGUGGAAAGGUCUAGAGGCGGACAGACACUUGCUGCGCUGUUUGUUCUCGCACGUUGACUUUUCUACAGGAGAACCGCCAACUAUCAGCUCUAAGGAUUAUUACCAAGUCCAGUUAUUGAAGCAAGAGUGUAUAAAUAUCCUUGGAAAACCAUCCUUGGUCUCCAAUCUUUGUUACGCCAUUGACCAUCCUCUCCAUCAUCAGAAGACUUUAAAACCGUCACCGAAAUUUUUUUAUCACUUACGACGAGUACUCAGUUUAACUCUCGUACAAGAAGUUGUUUUCGCAAUUGCUCUACAACAUUCAGAGAACGUCGAGUUACGUGGAUUGGCACUUGAAGACAUCAAAAAGCAGCUCCCAGACUUGAUAAAUAAUUACAUACAGUCGGCAGACAGUACUGGUAACAAACAACAAGAGGACGGGCUUCACGAUUCCUCACCAGAAGUAUUACAUUUGAUACUGACAGAAACAUUAACGGAUAAAAACUUAUACGGGCUUUCGUCGGAGACUAAAAAAACAUUUUUUAAAAAUUUGAAACGUGAUUUUCCCCGUGAACUGGUACCAGUGGUGCUAGCACCACUAUUAUAUCCAGGAGACGGGGAAAUUACCCAGGUUAUUAACGAGUUCGAUAUGGCGGCCAAUCAAACGGAAGCCACCUCGUUAAUUAAUUUAAUAAUGGAAUUGGGCUAUGGCUUCACGAGCAGUGUGGAAGAAUGUCGUGCGGCACUUACUGGUUUGGGUGCUCGAGAGAUCUCGCCAUCGACAGCGGCACGUGUCCUCUCUCAAAUGGCACGAACCUACAUCGGAUUAGACGAUUCUGGCGGCUUACAAUCAUUCUGGAAUAAUGUAACAAAUGCCGACGGUAGUACAGAAAAAAAAGAAAUUCCAUCUAUUGCAUGGAAUGUUGAAGUAUUUGUACAGACGUUGAAAGAAAUGCAAUCAACAUUAUCAUGGAACGAAGUCGUUGUUAAAUUAGAUCAUCCGGAGUUUUACAUUAAAAAUCGCCAGAGUUUAAGUCUUUUGAUAACUGGCUUAAGACUCGGAUUACAGUUACAAGGUUACCCGCUCGAUGUAUUUCCAGUUGAAUUAUUUUACCGCCAUUGGGAUAAUGUUGAGGGACAGUUUUCGUUGAUACAUCAGAUUUUAAAAAACCCUGACGUUUUUUGUUUUGCCGACUAUCCUUAUCACUCGGUGACUGUUGACGUAUUGAAGGCAGCACCUGAGGGUGACAGUAAAGAAGCGCAAACUUGGCGGUCAUUGAACGUCGUCGAACUUUUACUUCAUAUGGCUGAACGAGGACUGUAUGGACCUGUACAAGACAUUUUUAAAUGGCCAAUCCAACACUGCCCUGAUGUACUUGUUUUAGCGCUACUGCAAAUCAAUCCACCGCUAACGAUGCUACGUCAAGAAUUGGUGAAUAGUCUGAUUCCAAUAUUUCUGGGUAAUCAUCCUAACUCAGCAGUUAUUUUACAUCAUGCUUGGCACUUUAAUAACUCAAAAGUUAAGUCAAUAAUAAUGCACGCUAUGACUGAGUGGUAUUUACGCGGCGAUAAUGAUCAAACAAGAUUAUCGCGAAUUUUAGAUGUCGCACAAGACCUCAAAGCCUUAUCAGCAUUACUAAAAUCACAAAGUUUUCCGUUUGUAAUAGAUCUCGCGUGUCUAGCAUCACGACGAGAGUAUUUGAAACUUGAAAAAUGGCUUGGAGAUAAAAUACGCGAACACGGCGAAUCGUUCAUCACGGCGUGUAUUAAAUUUUUGCAACGACGAUGUCCACAAGUAAUGGGACCGGGUGUUAAAGAAGACACUUCGUUACCCAAAGCCAGUCAACUGCCGCAAGAAACAUUGACGAUUAUGCUAAUGGUACUGCAACCCUGUGCCGGGAGUAUAUCGCAAGAAUCGUCAGAUGCUAUAAUGACGAUGAUUGGAAACUGCAGUAUGAUGUUGAAGACAAACAUGAACAGACCACCGCCACCAGGAGUCCUACGUCACCCAGCUUUGGAUGUUUUUAAUCCGGUAAAAUUGGCGGCCCCAUUAUUUCCAACAAAGCCCAUUGAUACGUUGGGUAAUUUGAAUUCCGGUUUAGCAUCAUUGGGUCUCGGAUCUAGUCUAGGGCCACCAAGUAGCUCAGCAUUUAAUUUACCAGGUGCUUUGGGUCCUUUAGUCUCGACACCAGGAUCUCCAUCAAGAAUAAUGGGUCCAUCACCAAAUCCAUUUCCCAUGUUACCAAUGUCUUCGCAAAUCCAUUCUGGACCUGUUGGUACACAAAGUACUGCUGUCAUUCCCGGUACUGCAACAAUCGGCGGUAACGGACGUUUAGGUCCACCGGCAAAUAUUGAGAAAACUAGAAUACCUGAAAUAUCAAAUUUAUUUCCCGAUAUGCCACAAAUAGUAUCGAAAGAUAUUGAAGAUGAAGCUAAUAGUUAUUUUAUGGGUAUUUAUAAUCACUCACCCCAUCAAACUUUAUCAAUUGAUGAGGUCCUCGAUAUACUAAAAAAAUUUCAAAACUCAACAAUAAAACGUGAACAUGACGUGUUCCAAUGUAUUUUACGUAAUUUACUUGAAGAAUAUCGUUUUUUCCCUCAGUAUCCUGACAAAGAACUUCAUAUAACUGCUCAAUUAUUUGGCGGGAUAAUUGAACGUGGACUGGUGAAUAAUUACAUGACACUGGGAAUAGCACUGCGAUUUGUUUUAGAUGCACUGAGAAAACCAGAGGGCAGUAAGAUGUAUUACUUUGGUAUCGCUGCUCUAGAUAGAUUCAAGAGCCGUCUGAAAGAGUACCAGACUUACUGUGAACAUGUACGAGCCAUUCAACACUUUACUGAUUUCCCAGCUCACUUAAUUGAGUACAUUGAGUACGGACUUAAUGGACAAGAACCACCGACAAGACCACAGGGUGUUGUGUUCCCAAAAUCACUUGCUAUUAUGAUGAAUCAAGCCACUACGGCUUAUAAAUCUAUCACAACAACGACCAUAACAACGAGCACGACGCAAUCAAAACCGUCUACAACACCAACAACUUCAAUGUCUGCCCGUCCUUCAAUCGCAAAUGCUACUAAUAUUGAUACGCUAUUGGUGGCUACAGAUAAAGAAGAAAUGAAAAUAACAGUACCACCAGAAUCAAUGCAAGACAAAACGGCAUUUAUUUUUAACAAUUUGAGUCAGAUUAAUUUACAAGCUAAAUGUGAUGAAAUACGUGAGAUUGUUACUGAAGAAUACUGGCCAUGGAUUGCACAGUAUUUGGUUAUGAAACGUGCUAGUAUUGAAUUAAAUUUUCAUGUACUUUAUUCAAACUUUCUCGAUUAUCUUAAAGUACCGGAAGUUAAUAAAUUAGUUACUAGAGAGACUUUUAGAAAUAUAAAAGUAUUAUUACGCAGUGACAAAGGUAUUGCUAAUUUUUCCGAUCGUUCUUUGUUAAAAAAUCUCGGACAUUGGCUUGGUAUGUUGACUCUUGGAAGAAACAAACCAAUUUUACAAGUUGACAUUGAUUUAAAAAGUUUAUUGGUCGAAGCUUACAACAAAGGACAGCAAGAAUUGUUGUAUGUUGUGCCGUUUGUAGCUAAAGUUUUAGAAAGUUGUGCUAAAAGUCGGGUUUUUCGACCACCAAAUCCAUGGACCAUGUCCAUUAUGAACGUACUUGCUGAACUUCAUCAAGAGCAAGAUUUAAAGCUUAAUCUUAAAUUUGAAAUUGAAGUUUUAUGUAAAAAUUUAAGUAUUGAUGUAUCGGAAUUGAAACCCGCUAUUUACUUGAAGGAUCCAGAAAAAAUGAGAACUCUUGAGUAUCAGUUGUCGCAGCCUCACAAAAAAGCUGAGGCAAGUCAUGCGAGUCAACAGCAGCAGCAGCAACAACAACAGCAGCAGCAACAACAGCAGCAGCAACAACAACAGCAGCAGCAACAACAACAACAACAACAGCAGCAGGCACAACAACAAGCCCAGCAGCAAGCACACCAACAAGCACAGCAGCAACAACAACAACAACAACAGCAGCAGUUGGCUCAACAGCAACAAUCUCAGCAGCAGCAACAGCCAUCACAGCAGACUACAAUGGAAGAAUUAGUUGGAUCUUCAACACCUGGAUCAGUCAUUUCACAGCCACCGCAGCCAGCCAAUACGACGCCAUCUUUACCUACUGGACCACCAGAACCGCGUUUCAAUUAUAUGGACAUCAAUGUAUCCAGUGUGUCAAAUAUUGCUCAGCAUAUUACUGUCAACAAUCAGCUGCCGCUUUUGCAAACCAGCCCGCAUCUUAAACAAUUUAUACGGCCUUCAAUCGAACGAGCAAUCCAAGAAUGGAUUCAUCCAGUAGUAGAUCGUUCUAUAAAAAUAGCUCUCACUACUAGUGAACAAAUCGCUCGUAAAGAUUUUGCUCUAGAUCCUGAUGAAACAAGGAUGCGUCAAGCAGCGCGUCAUAUGGUGCGUAAUUUAGUUGCAGGAAUGGCAAUGAUAACUUGUCGUGAUCAAAUAUUAUCGUCUAUCAGCGGUAAUUUGAAGCAAGCAUUUUUGGCAGCCAUGAUGGGCUCAACACAACAACAAAAAGAUCUUGUCGAACAGGCAGCAAAUGUUUUAGCAGCAGAUAAUAUGGAAUUGGCUUGUGCUUUUGUUCAGAAAACAGCCAUUGAGAAAGCAAUGCCUGAGAUGGAUAAACGUUUGUUGAAUGAAAUUGAAUUGAGAAAAAUAGCACGUCAAGAAGGACGUCGUUACUUUGAUCCAGUUGCUAAAUAUCAAGCUGAACGUAUGCCUGAACAAAUUAGAUUGAAAGCCGGUGGAGUGACACCACAACAGAUGGCUGUUUAUGAAGAAUUUGCAAGAAAUAUUCCUGGAUUUUUGCCACUGUCUGAGCGUGAAACACAAGCUCUAUUUAUACCUAAACCUAUAAGUGAACCAACAGCAGUGACAGCUUUUGCAUCAAAUCCAGCUGUAGCAGUACCACCAGCUCAACAGGUUGCCGUGUAUGCUAACGCGACUGUUAAUAAUGAUGAAGUUGGAACAAUGCUGGAGAAACUUGCCAGUGAAGUUGAACUAUUUCUCACUGUUGCACCACCACCUCAACACGCAGCUCUCCAUGCACUUCUUGAGUCGAUUAUUCUUACAAGACGGUCUCGUGACGCCGGAGCGGCAAUGACUCUUCUAAAAAAAUCUGUCGAUGGACUACUGGAGACUCCGUCUGUUCCAAAUAGUGCUAUUGAUUCUGAACUAAUAUUGCGUUAUCGUGAAUUACAUUUGAGAAUACUCAAGUGUCUUCAAGAUCCACGUGCUUACGGCAUGCAGUGGACAAAUAAAAAUGUAACGCGUGUGCUAGCUGAAACCAGAGACGAGUGUCGUUAUAAUUUCGAAGCUGUAGACUGUCUUAUAAGAUCACAUCUGAUAAGUUUCCUUCAAUUUGACGUAUCACUGGCCCAGGUUAUGGAUGCCGGUAGCGCACUAGCUGUUGCCUUUGCGAUGCAACUGGUACAAGUCUACUUGAUUGACGAGAGACAAACAACUCACGUUACUGAGUCUGAUUUGUAUCAUACUCUUGAAAUUUUAGCACGAAUGACACAUCACCGUGCGCCACCCGAUGGUAUUUCUCUAUUCCGUCUUGGCAGUGUAAUGGAUGCUUUGAGAGCCAAUCAUGAUCCAGGUGUGCUUGCUGAUCGUGCAUCCGCAGGACCAACUGCCCACAUUCACUCGGGAAUCCUGCAAGUCCGGGCACGUGACUUUGAUGAUCCGCCAGGACUGAUGGAAAAAACGGAAUACUUGUUACGUGAAUGGGUUACUAUGCAUCACAGUCCCAAUCACUCACGUGACCCAACAAAAGCAUUUGGUUUGUUUGUUCAUCAGAUGAAUAUUCAUGGUAUCUUGAAGACAGACGACUUGAUCACACGUUUCUUCAAACUGAGCACACAAAUGUGCGUGGAUCUUUGUUACCGUGCGCUAUCUGAAUCAAGCGGAGCAGUAUCAGCAGUACGUGCUAAAUGUUUCAUGACACUUGAUGCUUUUGUACGUCUUGUUGCACUGCUAGUUAAGCAUUCUGGUGAUACAACAAACACUCACACUAAAAUAAAUUUACUGAACAAAGUACUGGGUAUUGUUGCUGGUGUUUUAUUACAAGAUCAUGAAAUGCGUGGUACUGAUUUCCAACAAUUGCCUUAUCAUCGUAUCUUUAUAAUGUUAUUCUUGGAGUUGUGCGCACCAGAACCCGUCCUCGAGGCUGUUAACUAUCAAGUACUAACAGCAUUCUGUCACACACUUCACAUUUUACGUCCAGCAAAGGCAUCAGGAUUUUGCUACGCCUGGUUAGAACUCGUGUCUCAUCGAGUAUUCAUUGGACGUAUGCUGGCAAUAACACCUCAGCAAAAAUGCUGGGGUAUGUAUGCACAAUUACUUAUCGAUCUAUUCAGAUAUUUAGCGCCAUAUCUACGCAAUGCAGAGUUAGCCAAGCCCGUGUUAUUCCUUUACAAAGGAACUUUACGAGUUUUAUUGGUACUUUUACACGAUUUUCCGGAAUUUCUCUGUGAUUAUCACUAUGGAUUUUGUGACGCCAUACCGCCCAACUGCAUCCAGAUGAGAAAUUUAAUUCUCAGUGCAUUCCCAAGGAAUAUGCGUCUACCGGAUCCAUUUACUCCAAAUUUAAAAGUUGAUAUGCUUCAAGAAAUAGCACACGCACCUCGUGUGCUUACAAACUUUGCAUCAAUGAUACAGCCGCCGAGUUUCAAAAAAGAAUUGGAUUCAUAUCUCAAAGCUCGCGCGCCUGUUACUUUCCUCUCUGAGCUUAGGAGUAAUUUACAAGUAUCACAGGAAGCCGGAAUGCGUUACAAUAUUCAGCUAAUGAAUGCACUUGUUUUGUACGUGGGAACUCAAGCGAUAGCUUUUAUACGCAACAAAGGACAUACGCCAAAUAUGUCAACUAUCGCUCACUCAGCACACAUGGAUAUCUUCCAGAAUUUAGCUGUUGAUCUUGACACCGAAGGACGAUAUUUAUUCUUGAAUGCUAUCGCAAAUCAGCUUCGUUAUCCAAACAGUCACACUCAUUACUUUAGCUGUACAUUACUUUACCUAUUUGCUGAAGCCAACACUGAAGCUAUUCAAGAGCAAAUAACUCGUGUGCUGUUAGAAAGAUUGAUCGUCAACAGACCACAUCCUUGGGGAUUACUUAUUACUUUCAUUGAACUUAUUAAAAAUCCAACUUAUAAAUUCUGGACUCACGAAUUUGUUCAUUGUGCACCGGAAAUUGAAAAGCUAUUUGAGUCUGUUGCAAGGUCAUGUAUGGUUCAAAAACAAGUACAACCAACACCAGAACCGGAAUUACCAGAGUGAUAAAACGUUUUUAAAAACCGUCAUUUUAUUCUGUGUACAGUGAACAAAAAAAAACUUUAAAGUUAUAAUUAUUAAUUAAUAACGCGUGUAUAAAGUUGCUUAUAUAAUAAUUAAGAGUGUAUAAUAAUAUCAUAAUGAACUUUGAAUAGCUUUUUUUUUCUUUUCGUUUUGAUUCAUUGAUAACGAAUCAUCGUAAAUAUAAAGUUUAAAUAAAUAAUAUUAAGUAGAUUAUAAUAUUGAAAAAAAAAAAAUUGCAAAAAAAAAAUAUUGUAAGGGAAAUACAAUUGAUAUGUUAAUAUUUUAAUAAUAAAAAAUAAUAUGUGUAUAAAAAAAAUUAAGAAAUGAUAAGAAAAAUAAGCAGCUGAGAUAUAUAAUAACUAAAAAUUAAAGCCUCAACUUUAAAAAAAAAUCGUGUCUUUCUCAUAAAGUGCUGAUUAUUAUAAGUAAUUAUUAACGAUAAAUAUUUUAUAAUUAUUAUAAAAACAAAAAUGAUUUCAGUACAAAAAAUAUUGAGUGUCAAAAAUGAUAAUAAUUAUCAUCGUUUAAUAAUAAAUAAUUAGUCAUAUGUAUUAUAUAUAAAAUGAAAAUGAAAACGUAAUAAUGGUGUUCAGUAGACUAUGAUAGUUAAAAAAAAAAAAAACAAAAAAAAAAGAAAAUUUUUUACUUUAGUUGAGAUUUAGUAAUUAAUGUAUUUAAUCUUAAAAAUAAAAUGGCACAGGUUUAAUUAUCAGACUUUAAUGUUAAUACAAUUAACACAUACAAAAACAAGUAUUUAAAUGUUUAAAAUCUUAAAGUUAUUUUCAUUUACAUAGAACAUAUGUAUAUACAUGAUUUGUACAAUAAUUUUGAAGGGUGUAAAGGCAUUCAGACAGUGCCCCCACUUUUAAAAAGUAUUGAAUUACUUUCCAUCAUAGCCGUGUUAAAAUUUUAUUAAUUAAUUUUAAAAGAAAUUAAAGCGUUAAUUGAAAAAAGGACGACGGAGUUGCAAUUUCGCCGAGGUAUAGAUUAAAAAAAAAAAUUACUCAGUUGUUAUCAAUCAGGAGAUAAACGAAAUUAAGUAAAUUUUAGCCCGCGAAAUUUAAAAUUUCAAAUUAUAAUAUUGACAGGAAGUUUUUACUGAUAUUUGUUUUAAAAAUUUCGUUUCACUCUUAAUUGAUAUCAACUGUAAGUAAUUUUUUUUUAAUUCUACAUUUCGGCAAAAUUGUAAUUAAGUUGUGUUUUAUUCAAUUAAUCCUGUAAUUUUAAUAUGUCUGACAGUUUAAGAUCAUUGAAUAUUUUUAAAAAGUGGGGGGUGUCUGAGAAUUAUCAUUAAUUUAUCGUGAUACUUGAUCACGAGUUGCGUGAUACGAAUCACGUUCUUUGUCGGGAAAUUUGGUUGGAAGAUUUGGACUGUGCAAAUGACAUUUAGCCCGGUAUCUUAUACCAGCCACGUCAACUUCAUAGUCACCUGACAACACGUACUCGUUGGUCACCACUUGAGGACGACCUUCGUCAUCAAGAUUUUGUAUGAAUCCAAGACAUACCUGGGUUUUAUAAACAAAAUUAGGGAUUAUAAUUAAAUAUAAUUGAUGGUAGUUAACUUUAAUAAGUUAUUAAUCAAUUACUUGGCUUUUGAACGUAUAUCCAUAUCCUGUUGUUGUUGUCAUUCCACAGUAACGUCCAUUUCUAUAGAUGGGUUCACCGCCCCAGCUCCAUAUAUCAAUGUCCGGAUCGUGGUCAAUUAAUAAUAAUUGAAUGUACUUACGUUCAACCCCAAUGUCACGUUGUUUCAUUAAUGCUUCUCGUCCAAUAAAAUUAAUAUCUUUCUAUAA